AUGGUAUCUCAUCAGUUAGUUAUGAAACGUUCAUUACCCACACCCACAUGCUCGAAAGUGGUUGUCGAAAACCUCCGGAAUCCCGCAUCGGAAGUGGACACUUGUGAAAAGAGCGAUGAUUUUCCUAAUGGAAAGGAUCACGAAGACGAAGAGCCUAUGGAUCGCAACAUUCUCUCACCAAGCUUUUUCACUUUCUGCCAACCAAUUCCGGAGGAUGCACGAGCUGUUGCCGGAGCACGCCAAGCCGCGGCCUCCUCUGCGAUUCAGUUUAUCAUUUCGAAUACUUGUCAUACCUCUAAUUAUGAACAAGGAACAGAAUCAACUAAUGAUGUUCAGCGUCUCCCAUCCGGAAUUCCAGUAAAACCAACGGAAUCAACAAAGAUCCUUGCGCCUUCGGUUUGUCCCAUUAAACCUAGCGUUCUCAAGAAGUUAAACGUAUCAGCAACAUCUCAGACUGAACUAAGUGAGACAGAAGAGAAUUGCUGCUAUUGGUCUGAUCAAACAUUUGUCCCUGGACCAGAAGUAAGCGUUUCAAUAUUAAACAAAUUAUAG